CGACACACACACUACUCACUCUUCCCCCAAAUUCCAAUUUUAUUACCCUAAUUCCGUCGAUUACGCCACCAUGUCAACGGAGGAGCCACCGUCCUCCACCACCGCCACGUCAGCACUCGACAAACCUCUCCACCUCCUCACCGAAGACGACAUUUCUCAACUCACGCGCGAAGACUGCCGCCGCUUCCUCAAACAAAAAGGGAUGAGACGACCUUCGUGGAACAAAUCACAGGCGAUCCAGCAAGUAAUCAUGCUGAAAGCACUGCUGGAACCGUCGCCGGACACCGAUGACGGUGGCCGGAAACCGUACAUUACUUCACGCCAGCAACAAACCCUAGCCACUCGUGACCAAAAAGGAACAAGUGCAGAUACGGAGAUCUCGCUUUCAGCGGAAGAAUCAGUAGCUGGUCACCGUAGUAAUGAUACGGAGAAGGGGGAUGUUUUGGGGGAUAAUGAUUCCGCUGCUCCUACUGGGAUUGUUGGUGGGAUAGAAGAGAAAAAAGGGCAAAUGACAAUAUUUUAUAGCGGCAAGGUGAAUGUCUAUGAUGAUGUCCCAGCUGAUAAGGCACAGGCACUCUUCCAGCUUGCUGCAAGCCCACUUCAGUUUUCUCAAGAAGACCCACUUGAUGGAAAGACGUUACAAUCUCCAAGCAUCAAUGCGGGCCGCGAUUUCCCUUCUGUACUCUCGCCAGUCUUGCAGACAGUGAGAAUGACGGAUAACUAUCGACUGCACAAAGAAGAAAACCAUAUAUCGCGUGAAGAUAACUCUGGUGAAGGUUCAGCAAGCAGAAAAGCGUCAGUUCAAAGAUACCUAGAGAAAAAGAAAGACAGGUGAAGGUUUAAGAGCAAGAGGAAAGCAGGAGCUACCUUAGAUGUUUACGCUAACCAUCAGAUCGGGAACCAUAAUAACCCGCAUGAGCCGUUUAGUAGGAGUGCCACUUGCUCCCCACCGCCAGUCAGACCGCCUAACACCCCUAACCGCUUUAACUAAUUUAAGUAAUCUAUUCAAGAGUUCAAGUCUCUUCCCAUCCUUGCUGACAAAAGGUAUGGGCUUGUGGAGGCCCAUUCCUUUGAAGAUGACGAAGGAUGCCAGAAACUUUAAGCAUUCAUCAAAGGUAAAUAUGCGACUUGAGAUAUGGUAGGUAUCGAUUUCGGUUUUCUAGUUUAGUAUUUAGUAGAGUGGUGAUUUCCUAGUUUGAUGCUUUUGAGGUGCUCUGCUUGCUUUCGUAGUUCUGUCUUGUAUGUUUUGCGCAUCGGCAAUGGUUUUGUAAAAGGUUUGUGUUUGUUUAAGGCAUUUGAGAGUAACGAGAGUUAUCCGAAGGGUAAAUAUCUUCGAUACUUGUAUUCGACUUUGACAUGAAUUUGUAUUUUAGCUUAUUAGUCUUUAGUUUUCCAAA